AGCUGAUACGAACAAUAAUAUAAAUAUAUGGAUUAUGUAUUUAUAGUUAGGUGAUAUCUGCAUCAUCCACGCAUCAUCACACUACGUGCCUAAAGAUAAGGAAAAGAUUAGUGGUAUUCGGCGUUCAAAUUCAAAGCUUCAAACUAUACAUUAUACAUCGGCGCUAUCGCAUCAACAUAUACGUAUGGCUUAUUAAAAAUUCUACAUCUACAUACUGCACGACAUACUAACGUGAAAGAUAAAAAGAAGAAAUUACAGUAAGCGGGAUUGCUCAAUUUCCAUGAUCCGCUAUCGAUCGCGAUGAACAGCCAAAUGCAGAGACAACGUUGAGCCACACCACUGUGCAUUAGACGGUGUAAAAGAGGGCGCUGUCAUCAUACUUAACCUUCCCAACGGUGUCGGUAGAAGUGGUAGUGACCAGUGACCUUCCGUGUCCUCAGACUUCAGUCUGACACAAGCCCACGGUACCGUAACACCGAACUUUGGAAGCAUUCUCUCUUCGUUUCUUCUUCACCGUUCUUCGAAAGUUACAAUCAAGCCCGCCGAUAUGGUCUGGAUUACCACCGACGAUAAGAUGGCCGGAAAGCCAAACACCGUCGCGUUGAACGCGCAAAGUCAUUUAGAGCACAUGUGUGCCCUUGACAUUGAGCCUCACGCAUCCUUUGUUCGCUUAUCCGGAAUCAUCUGCACGAUUGGACCAGCUUCCAGAUCUGUUGAAAUCUUGGAGCAGAUGAUCGAAACUGGAAUGAACAUUGCUCGUAUGAAUUUUUCCCAUGGUUCCCACGAGUAUCACGCUGAAACCAUUGCCAAUGUUAGACAAGCUUACAAAAAUGUUUCUCAACGUAACAAAGCCAAUGUACCAGUUGCGAUUGCUCUGGAUACAAAGGGACCUGAAAUCCGUACUGGACUUCUGGAAGGAGGUGGUUCUGCGGAGGUUGAACUUGUUAAAGGACAAACCUUCAAAUUCACCACUGAUAAAGCAUACAUGGAGAAAGGCAACGCCCAAAUUGUUUGGGUCGAUUACGAAAAUAUUUCAAAGGUGGUUAAAGUUGGUAAUCGCAUCUUUGUCGACGAUGGCCUAAUCUCCCUCAUUGCUACUCAAGUCAGUGCCAACCAACUCACAUGCACCGUUGAAAACGGAGGCACUCUGGGCUCUCGUAAAGGCGUAAACUUGCCGGGAGUUCCGGUUGAUUUACCUGCCGUUUCCGAAAAGGAUAAGAGUGAUCUUAAAUUUGGUGUUGAUCAGGGAGUUGAUAUGAUCUUUGCAUCAUUCAUCCGUGACGGAUCUGCGCUCACAGAGAUCCGAGCUAUCCUUGGAGAGGCAGGGAAAAACAUAAAAAUUAUAUCCAAAAUUGAAAAUCAACAAGGCAUGGUCAAUCUGGACGAAAUCAUCGAGGCUUCCGACGGCAUCAUGGUAGCUCGUGGAGAUCUUGGUAUUGAAAUUCCACCAGAAAAAGUAUUCCUUGCUCAGAAGAGCAUGAUUAGUAGAUGUAAUAAGCAGGGAAAACCUGUAAUUUGUGCGACUCAAAUGUUGGAAUCUAUGGUCAAAAAACCGAGAGCUACUCGUGCAGAAACUUCUGACGUUGCGAAUGCCAUCCUGGAUGGUGCUGACUGUGUCAUGCUCUCAGGAGAGACAGCUAAGGGCGAUUAUCCCCUCGAAUGUGUACGCACUAUGGCAAACAUUUGUAAGGAGGCUGAAGCCGCCAUUUGGCAUCAGCAGCUCUUCUCCGAUCUCUGUAGCAAAGUCAUACCACCAAUCGAUGCUACUCAUGCCGUCGCAAUAGCUGCUGUUGAAGCUUCCAUCAAGUGUCUAGCUUCAGCUAUUAUCGUUAUCACCACAUCUGGACGAUCUGCACAUCUCAUUUCCAAGUACAGACCGAGGUGUCCGAUUAUCACUGUCACUAGAUUCGAACAGGUCGCACGCCAAGCUCAUCUGUAUCGCGGUAUUCUACCGCUUCACUACUUAGAGGCUCCGCUCAGCGACUGGUUGAAGGAUGUUGAUGCACGUGUUCAGUUUGGACUCAACUUCGGUAAGGGUCGUGGAUUUAUCCAGACCGGUGAUUCUGUCGUUGUUGUGACUGGAUGGAAACAGGGAUCUGGCUUCACGAAUACUCUUCGCGUUGUGAAUGUGGAUUAAGUAUGUGAUCACCACAGUGCUGGUCGCUAGGUAUACUGCUGCCACGAUACACGUAGCUGGAAUCCAUCUGCUUCAGGAAGUCUUCUCACUUCAAUUGCGUGUAUCUGUCCACGUAAGUGAAUUAUAUCGUCGUAUGUAAGAUACCUGCUGCUACUAUUACUACCACUACUACUUUUAUUACUACUAUGUUUCUUUCUCGUAUGCUAGUUUCGGUAGUAAGGUUGCACCGUUGUGGAACACUACAAAUGACAUACGUCUAGGAUGUAUGUACCCAACUAUAAACAUAGAACUCAUAUUAUGUUAUAAUUAUAGUCUAUGAAUAAAUUAUUACAAUGAA